AUGUCAGAGCAAAAGAAAACGCCCAAAGGCAGGGUUUUCUAUGUCGGGAUGAAGCUUCUGCAGAAACCAGGGAACAAGCCUCUACAAGAGAAAAACAGUUUCUUUCAUACAUAUUACAAAUGGGUUCUCUGGCUUUCUCUCUCCCUCUAUUUCUUCACUUCCUAUCUCAUCACCAGCAACCCCAACACCAACACACCAACCUCUCGGGAUACAUCGUCUCAUGUUUCAAACUCCGAAUCCGACGUCGUCCCUCGUACCAUUAUGGACUCCACAACCAACACACUAGGGGUGCUGAAGAAUAUGAAGGUGUUCGUGUACGAGCUUCCUCCCAAGUACAACACCGUUUGGCUCGCGAACAAGCGGUGUGGCAAUCAUUUAUUCGCGUCGGAGGUGGCCAUCCACAGGGCACUGUUAACAAGCGAGGUGCGCACGUUUGACCCUUACGAAGCUGAUUUUUUCUUCGUCCCCGUUUACGUUUCCUGCAACUUCAGUGCCGUUAAUGGCUUCCCCGCGAUUGGGCACGCGCGCGCUCUAAUUUCUUCCGCGGUCAACCUCGUGUCCAUUGAAUAUCCUUUCUGGAACCGCAGCAAAGGGUCCGACCAUGUGUUCGUCGCAUCCCACGACUUCGGCGCUUGUUUCCACACCCUGGAGCAUGUGGCCAUUGCUGAAGGAAUACCCCAAAUUUUGAAGGAUUCGAUAGUUUUGCAAACAUUCGGCGUAAAUCACCGGCAUCCGUGUCAAGAAGUUGAGAAUGUGGUGAUACCGCCUUAUGUUUCACCGGAAAGUGUACGGAGAACGCUAGAGAAUUUUCCGAUGAAAGGACCGCGAGAUAUUUGGGCAUUUUUCCGUGGGAAAAUGGAAGUGCAUCCUAAAAAUAUCAGUGGACGGUUUUACAGCAAGCGAGUGAGGACGGAGAUUUGGCGGAAGUUCAAUGGUGACCGGAGAUUUUACCUACAGAGGCACAGGUUUAGCGGUUACCAGUUGGAAGUUGCUCGGUCGGUGUUCUGUUUGUGUCCGUUAGGGUGGGCUCCGUGGAGUCCGAGGUUAGUGGAAUCCGUGGCAUUGGGUUGUGUGCCGGUUAUCAUUGCGGAUGGGAUUCGGUUACCGUUUCCCUCCGCCGUGAAUUGGUCGGAGAUAUCGCUGACGGUGGCGGAGAGGGAAGUGGGGAAGUUGGGGAAGAUUCUAGAGCGCGUGGCGGCGACGAACCUGAGUGACAUUCAGAGGAACCUGUGGGACCCUAGAACGAGGCGGGCCCUGCUUUUCAACAAGGAGGUGGAGGAAGGUGACGCCACAUGGCAAGUUCUGGUUAGUUUGAGUGAGAAGCUUGGUAGGUCUUACCCAAGGUCAUUGGUUAAUGGCCAAUUGGAAAGUGACACGUAA